CGCGAUAAGUCGAUCGUUUUCGUAAUCUCCAACUGCGGGGUUGGUCAAACAAUGAAUAAGGCGAAAGAUAAUCAAUCAGUUGUUUGGCGCUUGAGGGGAAAGAGUUACAUUCGCCUCCUCAUGCGGAGUUGCAGUCUGAGCCCUCUUAAAGGCGCCGUGGUCCCCGUCACAGUUUCUCGUCGUGGAUACAUCCAUAAGCAAAUAUCAAUCGCAAGCAGAUAUCAGUAUCAAUAUGGGACACAAGGGCAUUCGCACAGCUCUCAAGGUCGAUCUAGACAAGCCAGCUUGGGAACAGCCUGGGUUACAUAACCGCUGGCACCCAGAUGUUCCAUUCUGUGGUAAAAUCGCCAACAAUGAAGUGGUCAAGAUUGAAUGUCUGGACUGGACCGGAGGACAGAUCAAGAACAACGACUCGGCUGACGACAUCAAGAAUGUCGACCUGACGCAGAUUCACUACCUAUCGGGCCCAUUCGAGAUUGAGACUGCCGAACCCGGGGAUGUCCUUCUGGUAGAGAUCCAAGAUGUUCAGCCUUUCCAAGACCAGCCCUGGGGAUUUUCUGGGGUGUUUCACAAGCACAAUGGAGGAGGCUUUUUGGACGAGAUUUAUCCUGAAUCAGCAAAGGCGAUCUGGGAUUUCGAAGGCAUCUUUUGCUCCUCUCGUCAUAUCCCCCAUGUACGCUUCGCAGGCCUCAUUCAUCCCGGUAUGCUGGGAUGUGCACCCUCCGCAGAGGUUCUCGCAGAGUGGAAUCGCCGUGAAGGCGAGUUGAUCGCAGCCAAUACAACUAGUCGCGAUGUUGCGAAGCCACCUGAGCCCAAGUGUGCACAUGCUGGGAGCGCGGAAGGGAGCCUCAAGGAAAGAAUUGCAAAAGAAGGAGCUCGGACUAUCCCUGGUCGCCCCGAAAAUGGAGGGAACUGUGACAUCAAGAACCUCUCCCGAGGCUCGAAAGUGUACCUUCCAGUCCACGUCCCAGGAGCUAAAUUCUCCGUAGGAGACCUGCACUUCUCUCAAGGUGAUGGGGAAGUCUCUUUCUGCGGUGCCAUUGAAAUGGCAGGUGUGAUUACUCUGAAGUUCACCGUGAUGAAGGGCGGCAUGGCCAAGUUAGGCAUGAAGUCGCCGAUUUUCCAUCCAGGCCCGGUUGAGCCCCAAUUUGGCCCUGGUCGGUAUCUCACCUUCGAGGGAUUCUCAGUCGAUGAGAACGGGAAACAACACUGCCUCGAUGCUACUGUUGCUUACCGACAGACGUGUCUCCGCGUGAUCGAGUACCUUCGUCGGUAUGGCUACAACGACUACCAGAUUUAUUUACUACUCAGUUGUGCCCCGGUUCAAGGCCAUAUUGCCGGCAUAGUGGAUAUUCCAAACGCCUGCACCACCAUGGGGGUGCCGAUGGAUAUCUUCGAUUUUGAUAUUAGACCUGAGGCGGAGGUUGUUAAAUUGGAUAUGGGCAGCUGUGCAUUUGCUAGCAACUAAUUCAGUUACGGAUUGACUGUGUUGUGGCAAGUACGAAAGACCAAUGAACGAUUCAGAUUGAAUUUCCCCUUUCCUUUUAUUUCUUGAGUGAUUAGCAAUAGGAUCAUUCCCAAAGGGAUUCUUGUGAAACAACAGGAGGUAGAAGCCUGGUAGCCACAUUG